AUGGACGUCGACAAAACGAUAGAAGCUCUGCCCGCCAAUCAGGAUGAGCUCGUGGCCGAGCUCGGCGAGCUGCUGGAGCAGGUCGCGGAGCAGCCGUCCAACCUCCGCCUUCUCCGACGCCAGGUCGAGCUCAUGUUGCAGCUCGACAUGGUCGAUGAAGCCGUUGACGCCGCCGAGGCGCUGCAUGCGAAGGCUUUUGUGGGAGAGGCGUCUUCCCCGCGGCCGUUCACGCUCGACUCCUUUGCCGACAUCAUCGACAUGUUCGCAAAGGCCGAAACAGAGUAUAGCUUGCAGAUCCUCGAGCGGCACGUUCGCUUUAUCACCGCUCUUGCUGGUCUUCCCUCUGAGGAAGACGUUAGCAAGGAUGACGAGCUGAACGAGUUCCUCUCUCCCGAGACUGUGCGCGAGACGCUGCGCGGACUGACGAAGCGCACGAACGGGCUACUCAGUGACAGCCAGCGCGUGUGGCAGCCGUGGAUCGAUUGGGAGCUCGCGCUGCUCGAGCAGGCGCCCGCCGCAGACAAGUGGGUUAAAACCGGUGGAUCUCGACUAACCUUCAGAGCUGAGCAGAUGGAGCGUGUUCACCAUGUGUACCUCGAGCGUCUUCGCGUUCCGCAUUCUAAACCAGCUGACCUUCAGGCGUAUGCGACCGACAUCGGACAGCAAGCGGCUAUCCUCCUGUCGUACAUCGACUGGGAGACCGACCCGCUUGCUACGAGGAAGCCGAAGGGGAAGAAGGGUCCGCAGCAGGAUCACGAGCUGACGUCUGCUGUGUUCGAGCGAACGGUGCUGCUGUACUCGAAUGCUGCAAAUGCCUCCGAGGACGCAUCGUGGGCGGAGGAUGUUGCGGAGCAGAUGAAGCAGGCCGCCGAGGCGUACAGGUCGGCCGAGGCCACCGUUUGGGCCCGAUACGUCGACUGGGUGGCGGCAAACCCACCAGCCGACGUAGAUGAGGACGAGAAUGAGGAGCUUGUCCGCGAGGUCGCCGGUCGUUCGACGAGAGCCUGUCCCACAGACGGCGGCUUGUGGGCGCGAUACAUCCUGAACCUCGAGGAGGCACGGGAAAUCACGCGCAUUGAGCAAGCGGUGGAGAAGGCCCAGGACAUCAUCAUCGCCAACUCUGCACCCGUCUCUGCGCUCGUGGAGGUGCAGUACAACCAUCUCGCUAUUCUUCAUCGCCGCUACAGGGACCUCGAGGUCAACCUCUUUGCGAAGACGUCUGAGGCGAUCGAACUCAUGACUACAGCGUACCCCUCCGGAGACCCGAGCCUGAAACUGGAGAAGUUCUUCGUGGCGUGGGCCGAGGCAAUCGGCGCGGAGCUGCUGCCCGGUGUCAUGAUGGUGAUUGAGAAGCCGAUCCACUCCCGGACAUUGUCGUAUCAGUACACCAUCAUGUGCGCGGACGCGCAGGCGCGUAUCGGCGAGACCGACGCGGCGCGCAAGCUUUACACUCAGGCGAUCGGACGGAAAGACCUCGACUGGCCGGAAGCCGUGUACGACGCUUUCACCCUGUUUGAGAACACUCACGGGUCGCUGGAGACGCUGCGUGAGGCGAAGAAGGCUAUCGGGCACGAGCAACAAAAGCUUAACCGCAGACGACAGAAGGCGGCUGAGGCACAGGCGCAGGUGGAGCAGCAGUACCAGCAGCAGGCGGCUGCAGCCGCAGCAGCGGCGGAGUCUGCAGCUGCCCCUGUGGCAGCGCCAGAUGGUGAACCAGCAGCCGAAGGCACGGCGGACGUGACAAUGGCGGAGGUCGAGGCCGCCCCUGUCACCGCUCCGGAAGCCUCCGCAGCUCCCGCGCAAGAGCCAAAGAAGGAUGAGGAGGAGCCGCAGCUGAAGAGGGACCGAGAGCACACCACAGUUUUGGUAACAGGGCUGCGAAAAGGAACGGAGGCGGACCGGGUCACCAAGUUCUUUGCCAACUCUGGGCUGGUGCGGGAAUGUACAAUGGUGCCGGGCGAGGAGACAGACUCAGCGCUAGUCGAGUUCCAGACUGCGGACGCUGUCCCAGACGCGCUUGACAAGGACCGCAAGAAGCUUGAUUCCAGCGAAAUUCGCGUUGCCAUGCUCUGGCGCUCGACACUCUUCGUGACCAACUUCAGCAAGGACACCGACGACAAGGGCAUCCGCAAGCUGUUCUCUCAGUACGGCACGAUUCUGCAGACUCGCUGGCCCAGUUUGAAGUACGCCUCCAGCCGGCGCUUCUGCUACGUCACGAUGGACUCUCCUGCAUCGGCGCAAAGUGCACUUGUACUCGACCACUUCAAGCCGGACGACGGGUACCCAAUGAGUGUUAAAAUCUCCGACCCCGCGGCGCGGCAGAAGCGGAGCGACGAGGCGAACACCAAGCUGUUCGUUGGGGGUCUGAACCCAAAGACGAAGGAGGGGCACGUCCGAGAGCUCUUCAACAAGUACGGUCAGAUCCGAUCAGUCAAGCUGGGCUGGGACAGGGAGAAGCGCGAGUGCAAGGGCUUUGCGUUCGUGGAGAUGGCAAAAGAGGCGGCGCUUGAGCUGAACGGCACGCCGUACCACGGUCACGGGCUCAAGGUCGAGCUCAGCGACCCACACUUUGCGAGCAAGAAGGCUAAUGCCCGAUUACUCGUGCUCCAGGGCGUGCCGGAGGGCACGCAGGAGGCGCUGCUGCAGCAAGAGCUGGCGAAGACAUUGCCGGUCGUGCGAGUGGAGCUCUUCGCCCGCCGACACGAGGCGCACGUCGAGCUCGAGACGGCCAAGGCCGCGGGCGAGUUCGUCCUGCAGCGCCCCCCGCCGCCAGCCAAGAACCCCGAGACGUCGCGCAACCCCGCCGUCGCCGGCACGGCGGGCAGCGCGGCGCCGCAGAGCAGCCUCGGCUUCCAGCCGCGUAUCCGCAAGACGGCCAAGGCGCUGCCCAAGGCGUACCACGUGCCCAAGGCUGUGGCGCCCGUCGAGGCCGAGAAGCCGAGGACGAACCAGGGCCAGGCCGACUUCCGCGCCUUCAUGAACAAGACGAACGAGGCGCGCAAGGCUGCCGUCGCAGCGAGCGCCAAUGCCGCUGCACCCUCUGCCGCAGAGUCUUCCCCGUCUAGCCGGAAGAAGCGUGAGUCCGAGCCCGCCGAGGACGAGCCGAGCGGGAAGAAGCCCAAGACGUCGUAG